AUGGUGCGAGGCCGGGCGACAGGCAGAGGAGUCCGUCGUGGAAGCGCCACGUCCGCCGCUGCUGGUAGGCGAGCUCCAGCAGACGGAAGCGAGACACUCGACGGCGGCGGAACGUCGAAUGAAGCCACGACAGCGACUCCCGCAACGUUGGACGAAGCGGCAGCCUCAUCCUCAAGCACAACCGGAGUCUCCACCCGCCGAGGAGGCACGGCUGCAGGGGCUCGUACGACUACAGGCGGGCGACUGAAACCGAAGAUCCUUCGAAGAGACGAAGCGGAUAGAGACAAGCUAGCCCGUCAAGAGGAGCAGAAAGCCCAUGAGAGGGCGGCCGCUGAGAGAAGGGCGCGCGGUCGCUCGCGGAACCGUAGCAAAAGGAGCCGUGGCGAUGCAAUGGGGGCCAGGGGAGGCAGAGGAACUUCCACUGCCAGUGGCCCGUUCUCUGGCGGCUUUGCCGGAGCUGGUGGCUCAGCAGCUGGUGGUUGGGCUGGCCGAGGCAGCGGCGCAGCCGCCGGAGGGGCCGUCUUUGGCGGCAGAGGAAAAUCCGAAUCCAAGGGAAAGGGGUUUGCGGAAGCGGAUGUUCGAAUGCGCGAGGCUAGAAUUAAUGCAGACAAACUGCACGUCAUGACGCCGGAGGAGGAGCUCGACAGCGACGACGAGGCGAUGAUGGCAGCGCUGAGCCGUCGUACUGCCAUCACCAUGCCCAUGGGUAUAUAUCGACGAGAACACAAGGAGCAAGGGGUUGUCGUGGCCACAACGGCGGAGCUCGAAGCCGCCGAAAAUGCUACCGGAGAGGAAGAAAGCUUAUGGGUUGACGGAGAAGGGCCUGGCAAUCUGCCACCAAUGGAUCAACCAGAAGAGGGCGUGUGGAAUACGAAUGGAAAGCAGGUCUCGAUCAAAGAGGAGCCAGGUUCUGAAGACCCAAUGGAUCUGGACGCGGUGGCAAAGGUCGCGUCGGCGGAGGAGGAGAAGAAGGUAAUCCUAGCUACGAAGCCUAAGAGGGAGUUACCAAAAGACCCCGAGGAGAGAGCCAUCCAGGCGGACUUGGAUCUACUGGCCGGUGAACUCGGAGCCGUGACGGUCACAGACGAAGCAGGGGAAACACAGGCAGAGGGGCCGUCCAACAAAGAUGGACGUCUGUAUCUGUUCCAGUUCCCACCACUCAUUCCGCCUCUGAAGGAGGUAGCACAGCCUCGGCGCAAGACCAAAGUCAAGGCAGAAGGCAAAGAAUUCAAUGUCACGGAUGCUCCCAGCGCUACCGCCGUUGCGGUCGACUUGACACAAGACGAUUAUUCCAACCGAAACUCGGACGACGACGAUGACGACGACGACGAGGAUGAGGAAGAGCAGGCGAACGAGGGAUUUCGCUCCCAACUCCCAUCACAUGGAGGCAUGGUUGGCAAGCUCAACGUCCGCAAGUCGGGCAAGGUAGAGCUUGACUGGGGCGGCACGACACUGGAAAUGAGUCCAGCAGCGGGCAUGAGCUUCCUCACAACGGCGGUUAUCGUGGAAGAAAACGAUGAAAAGCCUCAACAGGGCGUCCUAGGCGGAGAUAGCGUUGGCAUGGGUAAAAUCAUGGGGCGGUUCGUCCUCGCUCCCACAUGGAGCGAGGAAGAGGACUGGAACGUGGCACCUCGGGAGCUACUCGCCGGGUGA